GCUGCUGCUGCUGCUGCUAUUUCUUAGUGGUCCCGUCACGAUGAUUCAAUUAAAGACGAUGCUCAACUGCAUCGACAACUCGGGCGCCGCCCUUGUCGAAUGCGCCCUCGUCGUCGGCCAGAAGCGACACGCCAGGAUAGGUGACCGUAUCGUCGUCGUCGUCCAGGAGCAGCGCGGCUCCUCCUCCUCCGGCAUGGCUGGCAUCUCCGCCGCCGCAAAGGUCAAGCGCGGCGAUAUCCGUCACGCCGUUGUCGUCCGCACCAGAUACCCCACGCAACGCCGUGACGGCACCGUCGUGCGCUUCGACGACAACGCCUGCGUCCUGCUCAACAAGUCGGGCGAUCCCGUCGGCACUCGAAUCAACGGCGCUGUGGGCGCCGAGCUGAAGCGCAAGAAGUGGAGCAAGAUCCUGUCCAUGGCACCCAUGCAGGCAUAAGGAGGAAAGGGGAUGAUUCGAAGGAGAAGACCAGAGCAGAGGAGGAUAGAAAAGAGAGACUGGAUAGAUAUCAAAAAUGCGGGAGGGGCAAUGGUGUCGUCUCCAUGUACGAGCUGGGAUCAUGUACGAUUACGAAAUACUCUCUGGUGGCAUUUACUUUACAUGGCGUUUACGAAAUGAGACAUUUUUAUCUAC